CCUCAGGCUUCACAAUGUAGCGGGACCCCCGGCCCCCCUCUCAGGAGAUGGAAGCAGAGCAGAAGCCAGGAGGGAGGUGCCCAAGUGAGCCAGAGUGCAGAGGGAGGGAAGAGCGGCGCAUCCGCUUGGUGGCCUGAAGCCUCCAUGCCACGCGGGAGGAGGGACACGCAGACGUCCAGAGGAGGUUUCUCUUGCAGAAGCCAAAGAUGUUGACCAGGAAGAUUAAGCUCUGGGACAUAAAUGCCCACAUCACCUGCCGCCUGUGCAGUGGGUACCUCAUUGAUGCGACCACGGUGACUGAGUGUCUGCACACGUUCUGCAGGAGCUGCCUGGUGAAGUACCUGGAGGAGAACAACACCUGUCCCACCUGCAGGAUAGUGAUCCACCAGAGCCACCCACUGCAGUACAUUGGUCAUGACAGAACCAUGCAGGACAUCGUUUACAAGUUGGUGCCAGGCCUCCAGGAAGCGGAAAUGAGGAAGCAGAGGGAGUUCUACCACAAGCUGGGCCUGGAGGUGCCGGGUGACAUCAAGGGGGAGGCGUGCUCCGCAAGACAGCACUUGGAUCCCCGCAAUGGUGAGACCAAAGCAGACGACAGUUCACACAAAGCCACCACAGAGGAGAAGCAGGAGGAGGAUGACGACUACCACCGGAGUGACGAGCAGGUGAGCAUCUGCCUGGAAUGCAACAGCAGCAAACUGCGGGGUCUGAAGCGGAAAUGGAUCCGCUGCUCAGCGCAGGCCACAGUCCUACACCUGAAGAAGUUCAUCGCGAAGAAGCUAAACCUCUCCUCCUUCAACGAGCUGGACAUCUUGUGCAACGAGGAGAUCCUGGGCAAGGACCACACCCUCAAGUUCGUGGUGGUCACACGGUGGAGGUUCAAGAAGGCGCCCCUCCUGCUGCACUACAGACCCAAGAUGGACUUGCUGUGAGCCUGGCUCUUCAGACUGGCCCUAUGUCCCAGGGGCCACAUGGCCAUGCGCAGCACCCGCAACAGAACUUGCUUCUGGGUGCCGGGUGGACCAGACUUCUGAAUAGAGAAUAUUUAUAACUUUUGUACAAGAGAAUCCACACCCUACAAGACACUACCAGCACGUGUUUACAGAGGAUGAAAACACUUGCAGUUCCACGCAGCCGCACGUGCUUACCCACCACAGGCCCUCGGCCGGCAGGCGCGGCACGAGGCUCCAGGACACCGUCUUACAGACCUCCGCUCGCUUUCCAGGUCUCGAGAAUCUGAGUUCAUUUCAGUUUAGUUCACGGAUUGGUUUCUUAAUAAGCCUCAAAAAUACCGUACUUUUAUUGAGUCCUUCCUAAGUUAUUGAAAAAGUCUUUUCAUGGUAAAUAUUUAUGUUGCCUUUAGCUUCCUGAAGACUUAGAAGAUAUAUAAAGAUUUAAUUUAAAGCAUACCAAAAGAGGCUUGCGUUGGUACUGAGUGGGCACUAGUGUCCACCCCGCCUCGGGCAGCACAGUCCAGGCAUGCGUCCAGGUGCACGUGUGGGGCUGGAGGGCCCGUGCCACCCAGGCUCCCAGCAUGGCUCUGGCGCACCGGCUGGCAGACCAGAGGUGGCUCAGCCCGCUCAGCACGGGCCUAAAGACCCUUCUUGUUUUUAAAAAUCUCAUUUAUUAAAAAGGGCACAGAUUGUUUGGUGCCAUCAUUUAGUUUCCUACAUUGUCCUCCCCGUUUCUGUGCUAAGGAAGAAUGUUGGGCAGGGGCUUGUCAGACCAGUGUGGGGUUGGGGUGCUGGUGCCGGGUGCCUCCAAGCAAGACCAGCAGGGCUCUCCCUCCUGUAGAUGGAGGCCACUGUGCUUUGCCACCCUUGUCCCGGGAAGGUGCUGGGUUGGGGUGGGCAGGCCCAGGGGAAGCAGCUCCCCCAGCACAUCUUUCCCGGGUCACAGGCAGGGUGCUCUGUGCCAGCCCUCCCUGCUCCCCAGUGUCACGUUGCUGUUGAGUUAGAGGAUGAUUUCUGCCAGCAAGUACACGCAGACCCUCACCCCCGGCAGAGGGGCGGUCCUGGAGCUCCAACAUAGGAGUCCUGGUGUUUCUGGGGAGCUUUGGGACCCCUCUCUCGGCCCUGCAGGGCAAGCAUUACCCUGACCCCAUGGUCCCUGCCAGGUGCUACCCACCAGUUCUUGUUGGGUAAAUGGGAGUCUCUCUCUGAGGCCAGGUCACCAGGAGGCCUCACCAAGGCCUGGGGUUUUCCUGGGAUUUGCUUGGAAAGCUGUGGUGGGCUGUCGGCAUCCAACUCUGCUUAUUUUCUUCUGCUUCCUGCUUCACUUACACAGAAUGUCGGAAGCAGCAGCCUUGAGACCUAGUGUGAGGGGCAAGGAAGCAUCAGAGUAACUGGUCCAGUUCCUGGUCCUUCUGAAGCAGACACGUGCUGUGAGGGGCUGGUCAGAGCCCACCUCCUCGAAUAAGCCAGGACCAUGAGAGUUAGUGCUCCAGGCUUGCUGUUCAGCACAUGGUCUUUAGGGUUGCUCUACAAGGAUUUAUGAGCAAGUAUUACCUGUCUACCUCAAAACACGUACUGCUAAAGCCUCCCGCAGAGCCACGUUGUCACAGAGCACUUGUAAGUGUGACAUUAGAAUGUAGGUACGUCCUGUGUGGUGAAACUAAAGAGAGGUUUGACACGUGAGCCUCCAGAUUCUAAUGGAGCUGGUUCACACAAGAAUGAACCCCACUGUGCAGCCUUCUGGUGUGUGUGUGGCCUGCGGAUGCCAUGGAGUCCCAGGACGUGCUAUGGUGCUAAGUUGAGAGCUCUGCCGCAGCACGGUGGACGCCGCAGCCAGCAGCCCUGCUCCUGUCGCUGCAGUAACUUGACCAAACCUCAGCAGCAAAAGUACCUAUUUUUCUAAGAUUCCAUCACAUGGCUGUCUUCUCUGCAGGACAGCCAGUGCCCUUCGCCCUUGGUCUGAUGCGUAGCCUUACCUAGUCAGAGCCUAGAGCUGACGAGCCUGCCUCGCCUGCAGGCCUGAGGGAGCUUAACUGACUCCAGGCCGCCCGAGUUCCAGCGUGACCACCAGGGCCAGUUAGCACACCUUGCAGAGCCUCCUGGCUGAAAGAGCCUGUGGGGCAGUUUGUUAUGGCGUGCUCAUGCAGCGAGUGCAGUGAGGUGGCUCGCGGGGCCACUUGGACAGACUGGCACCCACCUCCCACACGUGGUCCACUAGGUGCCCUGUUCACAGGAGUGUAAAACUCAGAUAGAAUAUAUAAUAUUGGAUUUAAAAUGCGGGGGGGCGGGUUAAAAGAAAACUUUAUAAAAUUAUUUAUUCUACUUUAAGCCUUCUAUCCUAUUUCCCAUCCCUCCUCCAGCUUCGGUGUCCAGCUUUACUUGCUGGCGUGUGGGAUGAACUCAAGGUGUCUGGAGCUUCUGCUCUGCGUAGCGUCACGCCUGUGUUUCACAAGGUGACGUGUAUUUGCCUGCUUCUGUUUGGUAGGCCCAGCGUGCCUCCAGGAGCCGCAUGCAGACCAUGGCAGCUGGGUUCUGCCGCAGGAGAAGGGAGGGCAGGUGGGAUCCCAAAACACACGCAUGCAGCCGUCUGGCUAUUCCUCUUGGUUGCUGUCACCAGGACCCUGCUCCUGAGGGUGUGGGAAAUCUGCCAGUGGUGUUCAGCAGGGUGGCCCAUGGCCCCCAGUUCAUGUGGCCGGGCUGGCCAGGCUGGGCCACACCCGAGGUGGCCCUGGGGUCUGGUUUGGUUUCUAAAUAGAACACGCAAGACGUCACUUGGUGGUCUGUAGCGUGCUGUGGGCAGCCUCCCCGUCACACGUGAGCACGCGGUGUGUCUAGAGCAUCAGGGGCAUUGUCGGGUAGCUAGGUCACAAUCAGUUCCCCGCUUCCUCAGGAACCCACGCCAGCUCCCCAUAUCACAUGACCUUAGCUCAAAACACAAGUGUGUCUCUGCCUUGAUCUUGAAAUACACCAAGGAAACAGAUGGAGAUAAGCAAGUUGGAAACGAUCGAUGUUAGGACUGCACCGUGGACUCACCACGCCUGUGCCCACCAGGCAGGGGUCAGCGUGGGGAGGACAGGCUGAGCGCCCAGGGUGCCUGGCUUCAGGGGAGCGUCACCUCAGUGGUUCAGCCCAGCUGCAGGUGGGACGCAGGGCUGGGACACAGCACUGGCUGGUGUCCCUGGCCUGGGCAGGUGAUGGGGCAGACCUGGGCACUGAAUGUGUGGCUUGCAGUUCAUGUGCUCAUCCUUUCGUUGGUGUGAUUUGUACCUCGGUGGCGGCUUCUGUCUGAACUCUGGGGAAUACUCCUGAUGCUUGACUUCACGGCGGUGGAGCUUGUACUCAGUGUUUGCCACUCAAUAUUAUAUGCUUGUAAUAAAAGCAGAAGAAAAUCUACUGCA